AUGGUUAUAACUUAUAAUUGUUACUAUAUAAAACAAAGUAAAAUGAAUUUUAAUACAUUGUUAAAAUACAUUUACAAUGAACCAAAUAUUAUUUCAAAAAUUAAAUCAUAUUAUGAAUCUAAAAAUAUUGAAGUACAAUGGCCAAGUUGUAAUUUAACUUUAGUACAAAAUCAACUAUUUUUGCCAUAUAAAGAUAUAUCGUUUGAAAACAUCGAUCGUCCACUACAAUGGACAAUUGGAAAAAUUUUAAUUUUUUAUUAUAAUCACAAAAAUAUAAAUAAUGAAAUCAAAGUAAUAGAAAAAAUUGUUCAUGUAUUCAUAAUGACAUUAAAAAUAUGUCUUUUAAAAUAUGAAGAUAGUAAUGAAGUAUUAUCUGAAAAAAAUGUACAUUUAAUUAAAUGA